GUGCCACCCUUGAGGACAUCAUGGAGGCGCAGGCCGAGCGUUUCCCUUCACUUAAACUGCUGUGGAUUUUACCAACCUUGGCUGAGUCGGUGCUGGAGCACCAAGGUGCUUCAACGGAAGGUAUUUUCAGGGUUCCUGGAGACAUCGACGAAGUAAACUCCCAGAAAAUCAGGCUUGACAAAUGGGAGGCUCCCACUGGAAUUACAGAUCCCCAUGUACCUGCGUCACUUCUGAAACUUUGGUUCAGGGAGCUUCACGAACCUCUUAUACCGGAACUGUUUUAUGAAAGGUGCGUUAACAACUGUGAUGACGCUACAGUGGCUGUGGCACUUGCGAUGUCUCUUCCUGAAGUCAACAGACUCGUCCUCUCGUAUCUCAUUAGAUUUUUACAGAUUUUCUCACUCCCUCAUAUGUGCGUUAUAACAAAGAUGGACGUAAAUAACUUGGCCAUGGUUUGGGCGCCAAACUGCCUUCGUUGUCCCUCUGACGAUCCCAAGGAAAUUUUUGAAAAUACGCGAAAAGAGAUGACUUUUAUGAGAACUCUUAUUCGGCAUCUUGACGCAACUUUCAUGGAAGGAGUGCGUUAACACACAAAAACAACAGUUCGUAGUGCCAGUCCUUGACUGUGGGACACCGAGACCAAGAUCACACGUGACAACGAAAAGUCUGACAACUGAAUGAGCCUGCGGCUUUAUUUCGCAACGUUGCUAUGCAACGCAAGGUAUUGGAAUCCGACCUCGCGUCAGGGUGUUCAAUAGCGUCCGUCAAGAAGAAACGGAACUCCUCGAAUGCCCUUACUGAGAUUUACCAGAACUCAUGGCUCGAUUGUUCGACUUGUCAAAUUGGUGCUCAGCAUUGAUACGAUUCGUCUGGCUGGGAAGUUUGCGCAUGAAAAUUUUGUUGACUCAAUUGAACUCAAAUUCAAAGGCAGAAAAGGUCAAAAUUUACCUAGGUCCGUUAGCUAAAAAAAUACAACUACAGAAAACAAUAAAACAAAAAUGAAAAGAAAAUAAGAAGGAUCUACAGAACUGCAAACUAAAGAACACACAGCAAGAGGUUAUCUUUCCAUUAAGCAAAUUGAAGUGUCUAAAUUAUAGCAAACGUAAUCUUCUGUUGUUAGUCGAAAACAUCGCGGUAGCUUAUGUGAAGAGGCGAAGUAAGCAUUGUAUAUAUCAAUAAAACUCUAAGUAUUGUAUAAGAUUA